CUUUCUAAAUCCUUGUAAAUAUUGACCAAACAGUAGCGGAAAAACCUUUAUAACAAACUUUACCGCCAUUGACGACAACUAAUUUUAUAUAGUAUGACCUCGCGGGGUACUUUUUUUACAAUUUAUAAUUAUUAGGUAAAAAUUACACAUCACAGUUACAUUUUUGACCGAAUAUAGGAUCAUAAUACAUGAGAAAUAAUUGUGACAGGCGAUCGAUUCAACGUAUUUAAUGGACUUCAGACGUGAUUAAAAGAAGAAAUGGCUUGGCAUAUUCUAAUGUGUGGAUAAUCUAUAGGAUCAAUGUAAAAUAAUGUCGAUAAUAUAUUUGAUGGAAUAAAUUGGAUUAAAAAAAUUAUAAUUAACAUGCCUUCCAAAUACAAUGAAAAAAUUAUGAGAGUAGAUCGUCUGAAUAAAAUGGAAAAGACCAGAUUGGAUUUUAUCAUCCGCAGAUAUGAUAAAGAAAAGAUUUCAUUGGUCCAGGACAUAGAUCGAGAAAAAAGGGCCGUUGUUAAAGAUUUUGCUCAUGUGAAACGUACAAGUGGAUUUAGUGAAGAAGGAAUACCUCCAAGCAAUGAAAAAGAUGAAGAUUUCAAGAAUGACCCGUUGCUUAAAUUUGGUCCAAAAAGGAUUAAUAGUGCUAAAUCACUAAGAAGUUUUUCUGCACGGUCAAGGACUGCAUUGGAUUAUUACAGAAAUCAGUCUCAAUCAUCCGAAUCUGAUGAUGAAGUUUUUAUAACCGAAGAAAUAAAUACACUCCCCCUUCCAGACCUCAGUAAUAUAGAAGAUAUUGAACGAUAUGAAAAGGAAUUAGUGGAAAGUUACAAAAAUGUUUUUAAAAAUACUGUUGUAACAGUCAAGAAGUCUGACAGGAAAAAUCUAAAAAGAUUUCUAAGGUCAAGAAGUGAAGUAAGUGACAGAAAAUUAUUAAGACCUCAAACUGCGAAAUGUACUAUGUCAUUUGAGCGAAAAUUCUCAUUACCUGUGCGACCAGCGACAGCAAACUGCAAUACUUCAAAGAUUAAAACAACGGAAGAAAAUGGCAAUUAUGAAUUACGACAAAGCAGUUCAGACAAGUCUUUAUCAAAACUUUCUACCUCGUAUAGUAGCCUAACAAAUGCAAAUGGUCACUCGUUGCACUCUGUAACAGAAGAAGGAAAUGGACCGACCAGUCCUUCCGUCAAAAAACUUAUUGAACAGAUUUUAGAAGAAGAAGACACAGAAAACAACAACACAUUAAGUUCAUCAAAACAUAUUUCAAAUAUUCAAAUUACACCGAGAUCAGACCAUAAUAGUAUAAAAUUAAAACCGGAAAAUGGAAUUUUAAAAACAAGAAAACUUUCUGCAAGUACCAAUCAAACGUCUGAUAUUGAAACUGAUAGUAUGGGACGACUAAUAAGACAACCUUCAGCCGUUGGUUCAAGACAAAGAAAAGUCAGUAUUAAUUCAUUGGCUUCGGGUUUUGAUAGUUCUGUAAUUUCAAAUAUGUGGGGAAGUAUUGGCGAUAUAAGUAUAGACUCAAACGGACAAAGGAAACCAAGCAACUGGAGAAAAUAUGUUGCAGCGGAACAAGCACCGAUACCAGAAACACAAAGACUGGUUACCUUAACGACUGUUGUUAAAGCGGCCUUGGCCUUUUCGAAAACUGCUCGCCGGAGGGCACUCGAUAAGCUUGUCGAAGAACAAAGUGUUGAUACUCGACAAAUUAUUAAGGAAGAAAGAAUUCGACGAUUACAGAGUCGUAAUAAUGUUUUAAUGUCGCUUUCAACACAGUUCUCGGUUGAUGAAUCCAGUGGACCGUUUACGCUUAUUCAAGAGGAAAAUCAUAAUCUGUUGUAGUUGAAUUUUUGUUCAAGUUUCUUUCUGUUUUAAUACAAUGACACUAUUCCUA